UUGCCACAUGAAAAGUGUGACCUCUCAUAAUAUGUCAGAGAUCUCAAGAUUGUCAAUUCUUUUUCAUGGAAAAUCUCUGCUGAAAGACAGAAAGAAAGGAGGAGAGAAUGUGGAGGCUGAAAAUAGCAGAAAGAGGGAAUGAUCCUUACAUUUAUAGUACAAACAAUUUCUUAGGAAGGCAAAUAUGGGAGUUUGAUCCUAAUGCAGGCACACCUGAAGAGCUGGCUGAGGUUGAACAAGCUCGCCAAUAUUUUUGGACAAAUCGGUUUCAGGUCAAGCCCAGUUCUGACCUCCUUAUGCAAUCUCAGUUGUUAAAAGAGAAAAACUUCAAACAGAAAAUUUCACAAGUCAAGAUUGAGGAUGGUGAAGAAAUUACAAAGGAAGCUGCCACAACUGCUUUGCGGAGGAGCGCCCACUUCCUCUCGGCCUUGCAGGCAAGUGACGGCCACUGGUGUGCAGAAAAUGCUGGUGCAUUGUUCUAUAUUCCUUCACUGGUCUUCUGUUUAUACAUUACAGGCCAUCUUAGUUAUGUGUUCUCUGCAGAGCACCAAAAGGAGAUCUUACGUUACAUAUACUGUCAUCAGGCAUGA